GUACCUUUCUCCCUAGUUACAGGUAUACUUGAUACGGUCGCUAUGGCAGCCAGUAGGUUUGUUCGAUUUCCACUUCGUAGUUGAGUUCAGAAGAAGGUAGACUGUUUUAGCCCUACGACCCUAGGGAAGUCCUUGCAGCUCGUGAACCCAUCGCAAUGAGGGACUCAGUAAUGUCGACCAUGUCGUUACGAAAGGGUGACGUUAUGGAUCAAACAGAGGCACCAGUCGAAACGAUCCACAAUUUGGUUUUCAGAAGUGAACCAGAGGAAAAGAAAUUUCCAAUCUACCGAAGCAAGUUUUCAAAACAGGUCCGGGAAGAAAUAAAAAAAAGGAAAGAAUGUCACAAAACUUUUGGUUUGCCAAAAGAGAUGUUGGCUCCGACGAAACUGAAGAAAGGAAGCCGGAGGGUAGUUAGGCCCGAUGUUGAUAAAACAAAGCCUGAUCUCCCUCUAAAAAUGAAGGUCCCUACAAGAGAAGAAUGGAAUAAUCCUGCGCAUAGAGAGCAUACAAACUUCCUGCUUCGUAACAUGAUCAAAGCAGUUCGCUUGAAACCUCCACAAGGACCGAGCCGAGCAUUCGACCCCGCCAGUGGUCGAAGGUACCAUGCCUGCAAUCUCCUCGCUCCCAAGUUCUCUUUAAAGGAAGAUUUUGGAAAAGUACCUAAAUACCUGGAAGAGAGAAAAAGACAUCUUGCAGAGGAAGCAGAGGCCCGACGUAAACAAGAAGAAGAGAAAAGAAAGAUUGAAGAGGAAAAUGAGUUGUUGUCGGCGGAUGAAGAAGAAGACACUGGACGGGACACGAGGAUCUCUGGUCAGCUGGAGAAGAAGAAGAAGCGGGAACCGAUAUUCAGGCUUGUUCCUCAAGAAGAGAGGAAUGAACUCUUGCUUGGCUUGAAAAAGGCCUGGGAGGAGCUGACCAAGGAAUUCAAGCUGCUGCCAACAGUUGUCGAUUCAGUCCCGAUGGUGAAGAAGAAACACAAUCUUGAACAGAUCCUGGACAAGAUAGAGAGGGAUAUAGAUCUAUUGGAAAGGCACCAAUAUAUAUACGUCUAUAAAAAUGAUGUUCCGUGUUGCAAGGAUUUCAAUAGGCGACAAACAUAUAUAUAAUUUGUUUUAAAAAAAAUGAUUUUGUCUUAAUUGGA